AUGUAUGACAGCACGUGCGGCGCCGCCGCUACAGGACAAUGCGGUAAUUCGCAACGCGAGGGCGACGGGCCGCCGCCGCGAGAGCCUCCGCCGGCGCCCGUGGAGCGCGAUUACAGCGGCUUUGACAUCGUGAAGGCAACCCAGUAUGGAGCCUUCGCUCGUGUUAAAGAGCUGGUGGAGGCGGGUUGGGAUGUUAAUCAACCAGACCACGAAACAGUCACUCUCUUACACUGGGCAGCGAUUAAUAAUAGGAAGGAAAUAAUAGAGUACCUGCUAUCGAAGGGCGCGAAGGUGGACGCCAUCGGCGGCGAGCUGCAGUCGACGCCGCUGCACUGGGCCACGCGGCAGGGACACCUGGAGGCCACGGUGCUGCUGGUGCGCGCGGGCGCGGACGCCAGCCUGCGCGAUGCCGAGGGCUGCGCCUGCCUGCACCUGGCGGCGCAGUUCGGGCACACGGCCGUGGUGGCGUACCUGGUGGCGCGCGGCGUGCCGGCCGACGCACCCGACGCCGGCGGCAUGACGCCGCUCAUGUGGGCGUGCUGGAAGGUGACAGCCGUGGACCCGGCGCGCCUGCUGCUCACGCUGGGCGCCUCCACCAACCCCACCGACCGCUCGCACGGCAACACCGCGCUGCACUGGGCCAUCCUCGCCCGGAACACUACCGCCAUAUCCACUUUGAUUCUUUACGGAAAUGCGAGCCUGGACGUACCCAAUCUUAGAGGCGUGACGCCUCUGACGAUGUUAGAGACCAGUGCUGAGUCGCUUUGGGUUGGAUCUAAAGUUUCUGAUAAAAUUAAAGAACAUUCUGUGAUGUCGUCCAAGAAAAGUAUUUUUCGUCGACUUGCUUAUGACAGGAAGUUCCGGUGGUGGUGCGUGGUGAGCAUCCCCUUCGUGGCGUUCUACCUGACGGGGCUGGUGCUGGAGAUGGACGCGUUGUACCUGAUUAAGGCCUUCCUGCUUGUGUGCUUCUUUGCGCUGCUACACUUCCUCACCAAUGCGCUCUUCGAUGACGACCUUAAGAACAUAUUCCCACUCAGCGUAUAUCUGGCUACCAAGGUGUGGUUCUACAUGACGUGGCUGGCGCUGGUGGCGCCGGUGGUGAGCGGCGGCGCCACGGCCGGCUUCCUGCUGAGCUCGCUGGCGCUGUGGUACACGUUCGUGCGCGCGUGGCGCAGCGACCCCGGCGUCAUCCGCGCCUCGCGCGCCGACAAGCUGCGCACCAUCGUCGAGCUUUCCGAGCGCGGCGCCGGCGGCGGCUUCGAGCCCGCGCGCUUCUGCUCCGCCUGUCUGCUGCGCCGCCCGCUGCGCUCCAAGCACUGCUCCGUCUGCAACCGCUGCGUGGCCAAGUUCGACCACCACUGCCCCUGGGUGGCCAACUGCAUCGGCGCCAACAACCACCAGUACUUCGUGGGCUUCCUCGUCAGCCUGCUGGUCAUGUGCGUGUGGAUGCUGUGGGGCGGCGUGCAGUACUACACGGCGCGCUGCGCGCCGGCGGACGGGCCCGCCGCGCUGCUGGCCUGGGCGCGCUGCGACGCCUGGCUCGCCUGGGUGCUGCUCAACGCCGCUUUCCACCUGUUCUGGGUGACCGUGCUGACGUGCUGCCAGCUGUACCUGGUGGUGUGCCUUGGCAUGACCACCAACGAGCAGCUGAACCGCGGCCGCUACCGGCACUUCCAGGCGCGCGGCGGGCGCUCGCCCUUCACGCGCGGGCCGCUCAACAACCUGGCGGACUUUCUGCAGUGCCGCCUGUGCGGGCUGCUGGCGCCGCGCGCGCGCGACUGGGCCGCCGCCGGCCUCGACGACGACGCGCCGCGCGAGCCCGCACACUACGUC